AUGGUCGUCCCAGUUGGAAUUAAUGGUUUUGGUCGUAUCGGUCGUUUGGUCCUCCGUGCUUCAAUUGAGAACCCUGCUUGUCAAGUCGUCGCUGUCAACGAGCCAUUCAUGGAUGUUGACUACAUGAUCUACAUGUUCCACUACGACUCUGUCCACGGACGUUUCAAGGGUACCGUCGACAAGGAUGCCGAGGGACACCUCGUUGUUAACGGAAAGAAGAUCCACGUCUUUGCCGAGAAGGACCCAGCUAACAUUAAGUGGGGAUCUGUUGGUGCUCACUACAUUGUUGAGUCCACUGGUAUCUUCUUGACCACCGAGAAGGCUGGUGCUCAUUUGAAGGGAGGUGCCAAGAAGGUUAUUAUCUCUGCCCCAUCUGCUGAUGCCCCAAUGUACGUCAUGGGUGUCAACGAGGAGACCUACGUAAACUCUGUCGAUGUGCUGUCCAACGCCUCAUGCACCACCAACUGUCUCGCCCCAUUGGCCAAGAUCAUCCACGAGAACUUUGGCAUUGCUGAGGGUCUCAUGACCACCGUCCACGCCGUCACCGCCACCCAAAAGACCGUCGAUGGUCCAUCUGGAAAGGACUGGAGAGCCGGCAGAGCCGCCAACUGCAACAUUAUCCCCGCCUCCACCGGUGCCGCUAAGGCCGUCGGUAAGGUCAUCCCAGCCCUCAACGGAAAGCUCACUGGUAUGGCUUUCCGUGUUCCAAACGCCGACGUCUCUGUCGUCGAUCUCACCGUCAGAUUGGAGAAGGGUGCCACCUACGAUCAGAUCAAGCAGGUCCUCAAGGCUGCCUCCCAGUCCGACAAGUACAAGAGAUUCUUUGGCUACACCGAGGAUGAGGUCGUCUCCUCAGACUUCAUUGGUGACACCCACUCCUGCAUCUUUGACGCCAAGGCUGGUAUCUCCUUGAACGACAACUUUGUUAAGCUGGUUGCCUGGUACGACAACGAGAUGGGUUACUCCAACCGUGUUGUUGACCUCAUCUGCUACAUUGCCGGCAAGCAAUAA